AUCAAUGUUAUCGUCAUAAUAUUUUAUAUUAUUUGGAUUUAUUGAGUAAUACGUCUUUUGAUUGCUAGGUAGUAAACGCAAUAAUUAUUUACUAUACGUGUCUGUGGUAAUUAAUAAUACUAUUAUUCGUUGUUGCAAAAUUUGAGAUUUACUAAAAUUACUAAAUUCAAAACAAAUAUUGACAAGGAGUAACUACGUUAUUGUAGUGUGAGAAAACAAUAAACGUCAAAGUAAAAUGGUUUACAUAUCCCAAAGUGGAAAUUUACAUGAAACUGUUCCCAUGAAGAAAAAAAUUGUAGACACAUUUUGGGGUGUUAUAAACUUUGUUUCAUUUUUUGUUCAAAGUUUAGUGAGGCCUAAUUUAACUAGAUGGGGUAAUCAAUAUACAGUUACUUACAGGCGCCCUGGUUCUUCUUCGAGCGGGACUGUGAGACCUCAACGACGUUUCGGCGGAUUUGGCCCUAGUACAUCUGCUCCAGCUCCUCCAUCAACAUGUAGUAGCUGUAUGGGAUAAAUGUUUGUUAACCAAUUAUAUAAUUAUUGAUUCACCUAAUCCCAAUUACAAUUAAUAAACAAAUAAAAAUAAUCUAGACUUAAAUUAAAGUAAAAUGUAUUAUUCAACGUUAAAUAUUAUUUUAUUAUUUUAACUAUAAUUAUCACCAAAAAAUAAUGAUAUUAUUAUGUAAAAUUGUUUAUUUAAAAAAAGUAUCUUUAAAUAUAAUUUUAUGAUUAUUUGAAAUACAUAAAAUAUAUCAAAUAAUAAUGGACCAAUAAUUAUGGUAGUUAGGAAUAAAAAAAAAUUGUAAACCAUAACUGUAUACUAAUCUAGUAAUCUCUAUCUGUAUUUGAUCACUUAUUUAUUUGCUUAAAUAUACACAUUAUUAAUUAAUCACGA